CUAACCCUUUUUUGUUUCAUCUGUCAGCCAUGUUUCAGCUACAAAGCAGAAGAGAUUGCGAAGGCUGUCAACUGAUUUGUUUUCUAUUUUGUUGACGCCACGGUCUUGUCACGCCGAGGUGGUGCCUCUUAAACUCGCCAAAUAAGGUUUUCAAGCAUUUCGGUUGAACCAUGGGUUCUGUGUGGAAGCGACUUCAAAGAGUGAACAAGAGAGCAGCCAAGUUCCAGUUUACUGUGUCUUAUCAUCAAAUUAUAUUGGAGACUACUCCCCGCUGGCAACCAAACAGGUUGAGCGUGGUCUUAAGUCGGCGUAGUCGAAGAGUUGUGGCUGAUCAUUUACCAUGGGAACCUACCAUGAAAAAUCCACUAGUUGGUCAUGUAGUUUGGGCAAUUCCCGACAACAAAGAAGUUGCAAUCACCCUGUUUAAAAACCAACGCACCAAUGAAUUUGAGGAUAAGGAAUGGACAUUUAUUCUAGAAGAUGUAUCAAGUAAUGGCAAACGUCGUCAAAUAGCAAGUUCAAAUGUGAAUAUGAAAAACUACGCUAGUUUUGCCUCCUCUCAGCAGCCACUCACUGUCUCCUUCCGACCAACCACAAAAAAAAUAAUAAGUGCUUCUCUGGAGUGUACUUUAUCAUGUGUUUUUCUUAGAGAAGGGAAAGCAACUGAUGAGGAUAUGCAGAGCAUGGCAAGCUUGAUGAGCGAUGUUGCUGCUGUUGGAGACUUCGAUGAUGAGGAUGAUAGUAUAAACAAUGAUUCAAUGCAGCAAUCUAUGCAUGAAGUUCUUGAUCUGACAGCUCAAAUGGAUAAAUUAACUCAGAGCUUAAGUGGAUCAGAAUUUGCCAGUACACCUCUCAGUAUUUCCAGUUUGACAUCCUUUCCUAGAGAUGACCUUACUCCUGUGGCGAGUGAAGGAUGUGCAGAUAGUGGGUUCCCAUCUUCAAAUCUUGUGGAUGGUAAUAGCUAUGAAAAUGAAAGAAAUGAUUUUGCUAAAACACCUACUAAUCAUGAAGACAUCAAUGGGGACCAGAAAAAUGUUAGUCUGAGCUUGGAGCCAAUUCUGAGGGAAAAGGAUGAUUGUCAACCAUCUAUCCCUACUCACAGAGCUGGAAAAGAAACCACACCAGGGCAGGAUCUUUUAGAAUGGUGCAAGGAAGUUACUGCCCACUAUCCUGGUGUGAGGGUUACAAACCUCACUACUUCCUGGCGAAAUGGUCUAGCUUUUUGUGCCAUCAUAAACCAUUUUAGGCCUGAUCUAGUAGAAAUGGACCACUUAUCUCCACAAAACGUUAGGCACAACUGCAAAAUUGCCUUUGAUGCUGGUGAAGUUCUUGGUAUUCCAAGAGUCAUUGACCCUGCUGAUAUGGAUGUUCUUACUAUUCCUGACAAGCUCGCUGUGAUGACUUACCUCUACCAACUUCGGGCACAUUUUACAGGUCAUGAACUAGAGGUUCAACAAAUUGGUAAAACAGCAAAUGAGUCGAGCUAUAUGAUUGGUCGCUUUAACUCAGACACAAACACUGAUAUAACUGUACAGCUAUUUAGUCAGGAAAUAUUAAACCUUAGGAAAAAGGACUUUGUUUCCCCCAAAAGCUCAGGAAGAUCCAACCACUCUGAUUCUGGAGAAGUUGCUGAUGAUGGCAAUGGUUUUGCUGGUAGAAACAGUUCAUCUCAGCCAUCUUCACCUUGUUCAGUGCAAACCCGCUCACCGAAAAGCCCAGUAUCGGCAAACUCCCAACAGCCCCCUAUCUCCCCCUUUAAGGAAUCUCGUCAAAGUUCUUUGUUGCGUUUACGCCUUCCGCUUGUGAGCUCUGUCGAUAACAAUUCAGACUGUAAUUCACCCAAUUCUGUUCGCGAUGUGAAAGAUAAAAUCCUUGCUGGUUCCAAAAGCAUACUGGGAAAGGUACUUUCCCCAUCAAAAGAGAAGUUAUCUUCCAGAGAGAAAAGUAAAUCACCAACUUCACCAUUAGAGCGCCCUGCGCUAAUGACACGCAGGCAGUUGACAGAUCCCUUUGGAUCAGAUGACGAAGAAUCAAAUGGGCCUGGAGAUAAGAAAUCUCUCAAUGUUACACAAUCUGAAAUUUCACAAGAAAACUCCCCUAAUAGUGAAAAUGUUGGUGCUGCAACUCGUGGUAGCAGAGAAAAUUCAGGUAGCAGGUCUAGUAUUACACCUGCUAGUGAGAAAGCCGAGACAGGCAGCUCUUCACUCAAUCCACUGUUGACAAGACAUGAGGAGCUGCGUGAAAGAGCCAGGCAAUUGUUACAACAAGCUCGUAGGGAAGCUUCAUCACAGAUUGGUAUCAGUCCUGCAGUUACACCAGCAGGUGAAAUAACUCAGAAUGACCAAGACCGUCAUCAACAGUUGAGAGAACGAGCUCGACGCCUGAUAGCUGACGCUCGUCUUGGUGUGGCAGCUUCGGCAGACAUUACACCUUCAAUAGAAAAAUUGCCUUCUUCAGAUAUUCAAUCACCAGGAUCAAGUGGUUCUCCACAACGCCAGCUUAGUGUUCAAAGUAAUAACAGUUCGCCCAGUAAGCAAUUGGGCUCAGGUCAACAGUCAUUUGACAGUGGCUCUGGAAGAAUGGCUCCAUCUCUACAUUCAUUUACAUCAUUGAUAGAUAAGAUAUCCCCUGAACGGUCACCAGAACAUAAAAUGGUGAGCAAAGAAGUUGGAAGCUAUAUUCAAAAUGAACUAGAGGCUCUGGAAAGAGAACAGAAACAGAUUGAUCGUCAAGCAGCAAUCCUUGAGAAGAACCUACGCUCUGUUAUGGAAACUGGUGCUGAUAAGGAACGAGAAGAAAGUCUCAUGUCAGAAUGGUUUACUUUGGUCAACAAGAAAAAUGCCCUCAUUCGCCGUCAAAUGCAGCUCAACAUACUAGAGAAGGAAGAUGACUUGGAAAGAAGGUGUGAGCUUCUGAAUAGAGAAUUACGUAGUAUUUUGUCAAUGGAAGAUUGGCAGAAGACUGAGGAACAGAAAGUACGUGAAACUUUACUACUUGAUGAGCUAGUGUCUAUUGUUAACAAGCGUGAUGAACUUGUUCAUCAUCUUGAUUCUCAAGAGCGCGCGAUUGAGGAUGACGAUGAAAUUGUUCGUGACUUAAGUCGAGGUUUUGGUCAAAAGAAACCUAAUUGCUCUGUUCAGUAAAGGUAUUUUAUGAACAUGUGAGCUGUGAUGAAACUGUCAAUUUUUUGCGAACAAAGAGGUUGAGACUGCCAAAGAUGAGCUUAUUGAUCUAUUAUUGUAAAACCACAAAAUACUAUUGAAUAUUUGUUUUCUAUCUAUCUAUAAUUUUAUUGUAAGUUAUUGACUAACUUUUAAUUAUUCUUUGAAUUCAAGAUCUGUGAUUUGUUUCACAUCAGUCAGACAAUCUGAUAUUGAGUAUUCUUUUUUUAAUGCAAACAUCUGAUUUGAGAGAAGUUAUUUACAUUGUUUAGAGAUUUGUCAACUUAGGUUGAAUUUUCUCAUGAGCAAUUCAAAAUGAACUUCUCGCUAACAGUGUCAGGUUAGUUUAUUGUGUCGUGUGACUUAUUUAAAAUGCUGGUUCAUAUUGAUGAUUUUAUCUAAUCUACCGUAUUGGGUAUGUUAUAUUGAGAACAGAUUGUUAUAGAGAUUUUUCUCUGCCAGCAGGAGUAACUCAGACCAUCCAUGUCAAAACAGUUGGUAUUAUUAAUAUUUAAUUCCUUACUAAACCCCAGGGAUUGCUUUUUAUUUUUCCUGGAAGAGGUUUUGUUAGGUAUGUGUGUAUUGUAUCAAACUUCUUUGAUGAUGUAUACUUUUUAACUUGUGAUAAUUUUCCUUGAAACAAAAAAAACAAACAAAAAAAAAACAAAAAAAAAAAACAGGCUGACACUCAGAUUUUCUAGUCCAUUUAUAAUUAAUUUGCCAAGACUUUAGCGGUCUUGUCUAUUUACUUCAAAGUUAUUUGUCUUGUUUACCCCAUUAAUGGAUUUAUCUUUCAGAAUGUUGUUGAUCAAUCAAUGUACUAACCUUAAGCAUUUUCCCUUUUGUCAACUAUUCUUAGGUGAAACAAAUGUGCUAAUUGAACCAAAAUCUUGACCAGGAAAGUUGUUUAGAAAUCAAAACAGUGUGCUAUCUAAAGAAACAUGCAAUAGGUUAAGCAUUUAGUUGAUAAGCAAGUCUGUGAACUAAGAUAUUGUUUCUAAGAUUGUUUAAGUUAUUUAAGUUUUUUUAAGUAGUACAAUUUUUUCUGAUUUCCGUGUGGUGUGAACUUGAAGUUUAAUUGUUUUCCAUACUUUUAAUAAGCUUGGCUAUAGCAUGGUUUUAUAUUAUGUAAUUGUAGUUAGCAGCAACCAUGAUAAAACCUGUGAAUUAAUGUAAAUCUAAGGCCUAUGCGAUGCUCAACUAAGAACACAGAAAUGCUUGCUCUUCUGUUAUUUUGAAAACCAAAGCACCACAAUGAAUAAACCCAUUACUGCCUUUCUUGCCAGUCAAAAAUGAGUAAUAAUGAUUGCUCGAUAUUAUGCCUUUUGCACAUAAGAGGCAUGGAUAUACUUUGAAGGACCAUUGCAUUGAUCCAUUGAAGAUAAUGUUUAGACUAUCAAACUCUUGUGAUUUUUAGUAUAAUACGGAAAAAGUUCUGAUUUUCACACUAUUAUUACUAUUAUUAUAAUAAAUGGGCUGAGCUCUACAAACUUAACUUAGCCUAAAUAAAAUUAAUGCAAAGCCACA